AUGUCUACCCCACAUAUUGCCAUAAUUGGCGCCGGCCCAUGCGGGCUCACGCUCGCGCAGCUUCUCGAGCGCAAAGGAAUCGCAAACUACAUCGUCUACGAGCGAGAUGACAGCCCUAACUCCAAUCGUGCGGGGGGCAGCCUAGACAUUCAUCCCGAAACAGGCCAACGCGCCCUUCGAGAAGCCGGUUUAUUCGACAAGUUCAAGGAGUGUGCGAGGUAUGCCGACACUGCCUUUGCACUGGGCGACAAAAAUGGCAACAGGAUAUUCCAAAUGGGCGAAGGACGUGACGCCCCUGAGAUCGACCGCGCCGAACUCCGCAAAAUUCUGCUCGAUGCUGUGCCCGAGGGCAAGAUCAGGUGGGGGCAUAUUUUGAAAGAAGUGACGUUUGGAGAUGAUGGAAGGCCUCGGUUACGCUUUGAAAAUGGGACAGUUUUGUCUGGGGUCAGGCUUGUUGUUGGAGCCGAUGGGGCAUGGAGCAAGGUGCGGCGGGUGAUCACGAAAGCUACACCCCAGUUCGCUGGAAAAGCCUAUCUCGAAGGAAGGAUCCGCCGUGACAACCCACUCUACAAAACCAUGGAUGGGGAAUUUGGCCCCGGAAUGUACCUGGCCAUCGGUGACAAAAAGAUCACCAUCACACAGAGGCAAGGCGACGGUUCCUACCGCAUCUAUUUUGGAUUCCAAACUCCGGAGCAUUUCUUCCGCACGCUCGACCUCCGAAACGUUGAAGCCAUUCGCGAGAUGUUGCUUUCUUCCAAGUAUUAUGGAGAUUGGGCAGAGGGAACCAAAGACCUCAUCCGCCACGCAACCGACUUCUGGGCUUGGUCGCUAUACACAUUGUCGAAAGAGGACCUGAGCUGGAAGUCAGUCUCAGGAGCAACCCUCUGCGGCGACGCUGCUCAUGUGACCGUCCCGAAUGGAGAGGGGGUCAAUCUCGCAAUGGCGGACGCGUUGGAGUUAGCCACCAGCAUUGUACAGCACGGGGUCGAAGAACUAAAUGAAGCGGUUGCAGAAUACGAGAAAGGCAUGCUCGGGCGUGGUGCUGAAACGAUUGCUCAGGGGGAGAUGAUGACUGAAGCUAUGUUUGUGGAACGACCAGAGAUCUUUGUCCAAAAGUUUGGCCCGAUCAUGGGACUGAAUAAUGGAGCCGGUCAAGAAGGGCAGGUAAGGUAG